GACGUGGCGUGUAACGUGGCAAGGAAGGGAAGGCGUCGGUGACGUGUAGACAGACGUGGCGAGGGAGCGGAGGCGUCGGGGCAUAUAAAAGUCCUGGAACCGCUCGUCCGCUUCCAUUUCCCCCCGUUCCCCACUUCUUCGAGCUCCAUCUCUCCGCCAAAAAACCCUCGUCUCUCUCCCUGUCACUCCGCCCGUAGGUUAGGCAGUGGAUCGUGGGCGAUUGAGUAGAUCUGGCGGCGAUGGAACCUGGUAGAGCUGCCGCGAAAGAAGUGAAGAUGCUGGCGGUCGUGGAAGGGGAUGCGCGGCCGGAGGCGGUUGGAGGGGAUGGCGGAGCUGGAGAGGAGAAGAAGACGGCGGACGGUGCGAGGAAGACCGCCGUGGAGACCUCCGUCAUCGGCUCUCCCGCCGUCGGCCCGUUGGUGGCGGCAACGGCGGAUGUGGACGGCGACGAAUCUGCUACAGGGAAGGGCGAUGCGGGUGAUGCUGCCGCUGAUGGUGCCGCAGCCGUCACGGUGGUGGCGGAUCUGGUGGAUCAGGCUGAACCGUCCGCGGCCUUGAAGGUGGUGGCGGAUCUGAUCGGUGCGGAGGCGUCCGGCGAUGUCUGCGAGGUCAAGGACGACAUGCAGAUGGAGGCUGGUGAAGGUUCCAGGAAGCGGAAGCGCGAGGAGGAGGAUCAUGUGCCUCCUCCAAUCCAGGAGCUAGAACCUGUCCCUCCUCCAAUCCAGGAGGAGGAAGAACCUGUGCCUGCUCCAGCAUUGCCUGCUCCACCAGUGCCUGCUCCACCUGUCCCUGCUCUAUAUGAGGAGUUGGAGGAUUCAGAUGGCUCCCUGGAGUAUGACUCCCAGGAUUCAUCCGAGUCCGUGGACAGCAGGAACAUUGGAUCCUUCAAGACCAAGCUGCUGCAGAAGCUGGAGGCUGGGUCCUCCCUUUCAAGAAGAGGGGGAGGUACUUCUGUCCAUGGCACAAGGUGAAGCCCAGGGAUGGCAAGCUUCAUAGCCUGAGGCAGCACUGCGAGGAGCUAGCCCAUACUGGCACCUCCAAGCAGAUAAGGGCAGAGCAUCAUGGGCUUCUCUUGGUGCUUGCUAUGGAGGAUGCAUGAUGCCUAGUUCCUGUGGAUGGUGGUUGCUCUGGAUGAUGUUGUAGAUAUGCUUUUGGUUUAUGAUGUUGGAACUACUGCUGUGUGCUGUGUUGAACAAUGUUUGGUUUGCUUUUGAACUGAGUUGUCAGACCAUCUAUUAUAGUGAUGGUCUUAGUUACUGAAUCUGUGUGGAUCUAUGUUGUGUGUUGAAUUAUUAUG